AGCGUACCAGACGAACUGUCGGGAAGGAGAGCACCACAGACAGACUGUGCGGCUUUUGAGACAGUACGAAGAAGACGAUAGCGCAGUGGUGCAGUGAUCUCAAGGAAAUUUUAUCUUCCAGAAGACAUGACCGAAGUUAUUAUGAACCGGGUCUGCCAGCUCUGGAUCCUUACCGGUCUGCUAUUUUGCUGCGUGUCGCUGACAGCUUCAGUGAGCUUAGAUCUCACUGAACUCAGAAAUAAAGUCGCGAAAAUAAAAGUUAACCCUAGAGGGAAUCUUUGGGCGACAGGUCACUUUAUGGGUAAAAAGAGUGUACUUGACAGCCCAAUGAUGGAGGACGAGUCCUUGGGUGCAGCACUCCAGCCUGACCUCAGCGAGCAGGAGUUACGGGAGCUGAUCACAGAGGAGGUGCUGAAAGUGGCGCUUCAGGCUCAACUGCAGGACACGAGAGGGAAAGAGGACUUCAGCGACAAGGAUACAGGGAUUUUGUUGAAGGUAUUGGGAAGCUAUAUACAAAACACCAGAAAGUGAUGAAGAGGUGCACUCCUACCCACCCCUCCAAGAUUGUGGUACAUCCAUCCUCAUGAGGCAGAGGACUGAUUACUGAAGUUUCCAAAGGUCUUUAUUUAUAGCUGCUCAAGCCCAAGACAUUUUUAAUUUGUAAUUCAUUGUAGCAAUGUAAUUUAUACUUUAUUUAAUGUCACUGUAAAAUGAUGAAUGCCAGCAAUAGAGUAAAAA